UGUUGGCCACACUGUUUCCCGCCUCUUUUGGGCAUUCAGUGAAUUUACCAAUUUAUUUGUUUACCAAUUGUGUAGUUUCAAAAUAAGAGCUCUCCGCAGUUUGACAACUAAGAUGAGCACCAAAAGCGGUCAGAAAACACCGCGGAAGCAAAACCUUAAAUCCAUCGAAAAUCUUACGAACUCGGAAGAGGACUCCGAGGAUCUAAACACGGCAUUGGUUGAAGGCUCUGAAGAAUCCCAGUCUACGAACACCAGGCGCCGUUCCACACGUCGUCCAAGUCCCACCAAAAAAUACCAGGCCUACAAACAAGAAUCAAAUGGAAAACCCGAAGAGGAGCGCAUUGUACUAAACUAUGCGGAGAUAACGGAUGAGGAGACUGAGGAGCCGGAGGACGAAGAACAGGAAGAGUCUAACGAGGAUUCGGAGAAUGCAGAGAGGCCCACUUCCAAGGAUCUUCACCUCAUCCAAUCGGAGUACAAUGUAGCCGGAACCAGCAUGUUUGGCUUCAAUACGCCCAAAAAACGUGAUGCAAUGGCCCUAGCCGCCCUGAAUGCCACGCCUCGCACGCCCAAGACUCCAAAAACCCCACGACUGGGGGUCAAAACUCCAGAUACAAAGCGGAAGAAGUCAACCGAUCAGCCAAAGACGCCUGCACAUGUGCGAACUCGUGUAAAAAACCAGAUUGCUAAAAUAGUGGCCGACUCGGAUGAGGAUUUCUCCGCAGACGAGAGCGACUUUCGGCCCAGUGAUGAUGAAUCCUCCUCUAGCAGCAGUAUGAGCAGUGACGGCGACUCUGAUGAUAAUGAUGCAGCCGAUGAUGAGCCAAAAACGCCCUGCAAGGCCCGUCGUGCCAUUGUGGUGCCCGUCCUGCCAAAAACUCCAUCUGCAGCUCGUCUCCGACAAACAGCAAGGGCCAAGAAAUCGAAUGAGUUUGUGCCCGAGAGCGAUGGAUACUUUCACUCGCACGCCAGCAGCAAGAUUCUCACCUCGGAUCACACAUUGGAUCGUUUGAAGAAUCCCCGCCUGGCAGCUGAUCGUGUGUUUAGUUUGCUAUCUAAAAUUAAGCUCUCGACGGAGCAUGAAUCCUCUAUUAAUGCUAUAAUGGAAGAGUAUCGUUCUUACUUCCCGAAGUGGAUGUGCAUCCUGAACGAAGGCUUCAAUCUACUUCUCUAUGGAUUGGGCUCCAAGCGGCAGCUACUACAGUCAUUCCAUCAGGAGGUACUGGAUAAGCAAACAGUGCUGGUCGUCAAUGGAUUCUUUCCCAGCUUGACGCUCAAGGAUGUGCUGGACAGCAUCACAAGUGAGAUCUUGGACGCGGGCGUUAGUCCUGCCAAUCCUCAUGAAGCGGUGGAUAUGAUCGAGGAGGAGUUUGCCCUGAUACCGGAGACACAUUUGUUUCUUAUUGUACACAAUUUGGAUGGAGCGAUGCUGCGCAAUGUAAAGGCACAAGCGAUUCUAUCGCGUUUAGCAAGGGUUCCAAAUAUUCAUCUGCUGGCAUCCAUUGAUCACAUUAAUACCCCGUUGCUUUGGGACCAAGGAAAGCUAAGCAGUUUCAACUUCUCGUGGUGGGACUGCACCACAAUGCUGCCAUAUACGAAUGAAACUGCCUUCGAGAACUCCCUGCUGGUGCAAAAUUCCGGCGAACUGGCCCUCUCCUCGAUGCGCAGUGUGUUCUCCUCGCUGACGACCAAUUCGCGUGGCAUCUACAUGCUGAUAGUAAAGUACCAACUGAAGAAUAAGGGCAAUGCCACAUACCAGGGCAUGCCGUUUAGAGAUCUUUACUCGAGUUGUCGCGAGGCCUUCUUGGUCAGUUCAGAUCUCGCCCUACGUGCGCAGCUUACAGAGUUCCUUGAUCACAAGCUGGUCAAAUCAAAGCGAAGCGUUGAUGGCUCCGAACAGCUAACCAUUCCCGUUGACGGAGGACUGCUGCAGCAGUUCCUCGAGGAGCAGGAGAAGAAAUAAACCGUCGGCGUAAUUUUAGAACAUAUUAAUUUAUUAUCUAAUAUUGUUAAAUACAAUUACAAUUUCGCUUUUUAAAAAUGUCUUGUUGCUGUCACUUGUUGUAUUGCCCAUUAGUGCAGAAUUUUUGUUCUUUGUUUGUCAAUUUCUACACAUUUAGAUUGGCAUGCAUAAAAGUUGUCGGCUUACUAGAUACACAUUUUAGAUGGCUAGUUUUGUCUUUCCCAAACUUAUUUCUCUCCAAUUGCGAGCAGAGCAACACAAAACUGAACACCACAAGUGCUUCCUGCCGCCGGGGAUGACCACCAUUAGAUUUGAUUAGGAUAAGAUUAAGCGAAAUAAAUAAAGCUAAGCAUGCCGAAAUUAAACAACUUCCUACCGGUCAUCCCGCGCUUCCGAUCUUUCCAAAGGCUAAUAUUGGUUACCUAUUACUAUACAGACACGCACAUACACAGAUUAAAGCAUUGGACUUGUAACUAGUUAAUUGUGCACUCGAAACAAAAUUAAAUUGCUGCGACUAAGGCUAGUUUAUUUACACUUUCUUGAUAGCAAAUCACAUGCGAAGUCAAUCGGAAGUACACAUACAUUGGAAAGCGAUCAAAUAGUUGCUCCUAUCAUAACUAUUUUAAUUUACUGCAAAAAUUCUACCCUUUCCUGAAUACCUGAAUUGUACACACCAAGUUUACGAUCUGCAUUUUAGCAUAUAAAAAUGUCAUCUCUUCACCGCCGUUUUUCGUUUAAUAGUUAGAUAAAUUGUUAUCACGUUUACUUUACUCGUACUUUUAACCUUCGUUUGUGGAAAAGUCAAAAUGUUCUGAAUCAAUCAGAAGAGAAACCACCCAAGAGAAUCUCCCCUUUACAAAAUGAAUCGAUGCAUUAUAGGUUUUGUUUUUUUUUUUUCAAUUUUUAUCUGCUUACUAUACACAAAUUGCUACUGCUUGCAUUUAUUUCGACAAUGUUUUGUUUGUUUUUAUAGUUUUGUACAACAAAUUAAUUACAUUUGCGCUUAAACAAAGAGAAACAGGUUGCUGAGUUUAAAUACUUAAGAAAAGAAAAGGAAGCAAAAAAAUUAAAGAUAAAGAAGUGAAUAUUGAAAGAUAGAUGUUAGGGACAGUGGGGAAUCCCAGUGAUAAAGAAUAAAUUUAUACAUUCUCCUCAAUUUCAAAGGGGGAGGCGUGGAUUUUGGUGGGCGGGUGCUAUUAAACCUUGAAUGCUUUAAAAAUUGUUCCGAGUUUACAUAUACACAAUAUAUAAAUCAACUUCAUUAUCAUAUCCGUAUCAUUACUCAUUUACUCGUUACUCAUUAGUCAUACUCAUCGAAUAUACAUCACAAUCAAAGUGUACGCUUUGUAAUUAUACGCAGUAAUCGGUAAUCAUAAUCGUUAUAAUUAUAAUAAUAAUAAUAGUUACGCUUUCUCAGUGAAUUUCUUUAUUUUUGUUUUAUUUCUGCCUU